GGUGAAUAAAAUGAACAGAUUUGUGUCCGCCGCAACCAGACAAAAGAGGCUGAUGUGAUAUCCUGCUGAUGGGCGUGUGAGCGCAUUGCGCAUGCGCACUCAUCCUCUCUCCCUCCUGACCUCCUCCCGGUUCCUGCCGCCGAUGAUCAAUUUCUCCCGUUAAACCCGCUCAAAUACAUCCGCGCGGAUACUGGCUCACACAUGAGGCCAUGGCAGCUGUGUUCGGGAAGAUCCAGAUAGGCAUUUAUGUGGAAAUCAAGCGGAGUGAUGGCAGAAUCCAUCAGGCCAUGGUGACAUCACUCAAUGAAGACAACGACAGUGUGACAGUCGAAUGGAUUGAAAAUGGAGACACAAAAGGAAAAGAGAUUGAUUUGGAGAGCACAUUUGCACUGAACACAGAUCUGGCACCUGAAGAGGAGAUCGCACAAAGUCCAGAAACUCCUCCUCCCCCUGCGUCCAGCGCCAUCAAAGUCAACAAGAUCCCGCAGAACAAGAAUCGCAAGACAGUCGCUCCGCCUAAAAAUGAGACGCCUGCCCGGGAUAAUCGAGGGACAACUCGAGCUCGUCCGAGUCAACAGAUCGAAUUGUUACAAAGCAUUCAAACACACGCUGUCAUCAGACCCCUGUCAUUCUGUCGUUCAGCCCGCAGGAAGUCCAACUGUGUGAAGGAAGUAGAGAAACUACAGGAAAAGAGAGAGAGGAGACGAAUACAACAGCAGGAGCUGCGUGAGAAAAGAGCUCAAGAGGUUGAAGCCACAACGCCUAACUAUGAAAUCAUGUGCAUGAUCCGAGACUUCAGAGCCAGUUUAGAUUACAGACCGCUGACAACUGCAGACCUGAUCGAGGACCACAGGAUAUGUGUGUGUGUGCGGACACGACCCAUAAACAAGAAGGAGAUGACGAUGAAGGAUCUGGACGUCAUCACCAUCCCCAGUAAAGACGUGGUGAUGGUUCACGAGCCCAAGCAGAAAGUGGAUUUAACCCGAUAUUUAGAGAACCAGACGUUCCGCUUUGACUACACGUUCGAUGAUACCGCCACCAAUGAAAUGGUCUACAGGUUUACCGCCCGGCCGCUGGUGGAGACAAUAUUUGAGAGAGGAAUGGCCACCUGCUUCGCUUACGGUCAGACAGGCAGCGGUAAAACUCAUACCAUGGGCGGAGAUUUUUCUGGGAAGAAUCAGGACUGCUCCAAAGGCAUCUAUGCACUCGCAGCACGGGAUGUUUUUCUCAUGCUUAAAAAACCCAUCUACAAGAAGUUAGAUCUUCAAGUGUAUGCCACGUUCUUUGAGAUUUACAGCGGGAAGGUGUUUGACCUUCUGAACAGGAAGGCGAAGCUGCGUGUUUUAGAAGACGGUAAACAGCAGGUUCAGGUGGUGGGAUUACAGGAGAGAGAGGUUAAAUGUACAGAAGACGUCCUCAAACUCAUUGAGAUGGGGAACAGCUGCAGGACGUCCGGACAGACGUCGGCUAACGCUCACUCGUCCCGCAGUCACGCCGUGUUUCAGAUCAUUCUUCGCCGGAGAGGAAAAAUGCACGGCAAGUUCUCGCUCAUCGACCUGGCGGGAAACGAGCGAGGAGCCGACACGUCAAGCGCUGACCGACAGACACGUCUCGAGGGCGCUGAGAUCAACAAAAGUCUCCUGGCACUGAAGGAGUGUAUUCGAGCUUUGGGUCGAAACAAACCACACACUCCAUUCAGAGCCAGUAAACUGACGCAGGUCUUACGAGACUCUUUCAUCGGAGAGAAUUCCAGAACAUGUAUGAUCGCUACGAUCUCUCCUGGAAUGGCAUCCUGUGAAAACACAUUAAACACAUUGAGAUAUGCAAACAGGGUGAAGGAGUUGACCAUAGACCCCAGUGCGGUGAUGGACACCGGGCCCGGCGGACACUCGGUCAAUCAGCUGGAGGUGCUGGAGGCACAGUGGGGGGUGGGCAGCUCUCCUCAAAGAGACGAUCUCAAGCUCCUCUGUGAGCAAAACGAGGAAGAGGUGUCUCCUCAACUCUUCACCUUUCAUGAGGUCGUGUCUCAGCUGGUGGAGAUGGAAGAGCAGGUUCUAGAAGAUCAUCGAAUCGUGUUUCAGGAGUCCAUACGCUGGCUGGAGGAUGAGAAGGUGCUUUUGGAAAUGACGGAGGAGGUUGAUUAUGACGCGGAGUCGUACGCCACUCAACUCGAGCAAAUUCUGGAUCAAAAGAUUGAUGUUUUUACAGAGCUCAGAGAUAAAGUGAAGUCUUUCCGCUCGGCUCUUCAAGAAGAAGAACAGGCCAGUAAGCAGAUUAACCCCAAGCGUCCGCGAGCGCUGUAGCGUUACAGCAUCACCAGCACGAGUGCUUCAUGACCAAUCACAACACUGUGUUCUGCCGUCAGAUACCGAUGUACAUACACGAAUAACUCACUCUUAGUGUUGUGACUGUUUCUUUCAUCUACGAAAAGCACAUUUUAAUCGUGAUCGUAUCGAAAUCCAGUUCGUCUCAGUUUUUCAUUGUCACGAGAGGGAUCCGUGAUCUGACGCAUGUAUAAACAUAGCUUGACCCUUGACUGUGUGCGUUUGUAAAUAUUUCAUGAACAUCAUUCAAAAUGAAAAUGCUUCUCAGAUGUAUAUAGCUGCUGCUUGUGUUUUAAUCUGAAUCUCUAUCCCAAUGGAGAAACAGACGCAGAUAUAUUAACCAUUAGAGACGUGGCGAUAGAGACAUUUUGACUGCUGUAUGGAUGCCAACUGAUAUAAAAGGUCAUUCAUAUAAACUAAAACACUCUUUCAGCUUCACUCAUUUAAAAACGCAUUCUUAUUUAAAUUCAAUUGUUUACAAUUCCAUGAUUUCGCAUUCAAAUAGCAUAAUAUACAGUGAAAUCUUUGAAGUUUGGAAAAGAAAACAUUUACUUUGAUUUGAUAAAGGCCUUAUUGUUAAAAACAGACAAACAUUACAGUUCAAAGGUAUUGUGCAUCUUUAAUCCCAAUAGAAACGCUGCUACACACAUUGUUGGAUUAUCUCUAUUGAAACCUGCAGGAACCGAUCCCUGAACGUUGUAUUUAAGUUCUGAUUUUAUUCAAGUUAACAAUCGUAAGAUUGUAAAGGAAAAGAGUUUUCCAUGUUAUUUGCCUGAUAAAAUGUUUCCUCCAGUUUGGCCAUACUGCAACAACUGUACCACAAAUACCACAUGCUUACACAUGUAUGUCAUGGCUGACGUGGAGCUCUGAAAGGAUGAAAUGAGGGAUUUUGUUACCUGAUGGUGUUUUGUACAUUUUGUCGUCAUAAACUUGAGGCUACUGUCUGUUCUAAAAAUGAAUUUAUAAAAAACAGUGUUUUUUUCUGACACUUUUCUCCUCAUGUGUAUUACACCCUUGAAAAUAAACCAUCAUCUGUCAACUUAA